CCACAACCACCACAUCUCUCCACUCUCCCACACACACUCUCACACACACACAUACACACACACACAUACACACGCACACAUACGCUUCCCUUCUCCGCACACACACAUAUGGAGGCCACACCAGUGUCCACCACACACCCCGCUGCCGAGCACCCCGCUGUCGACGACAUGCAGCGUGUUGAAGAGGCCACGCACACCAUGUUCGACGCCCUCGCACGCUACCUCGACGCAGAACUCGCCUCGUCAGCUUCGGACUAUACAGUGCUGACAGAGGUCAAUGCCGCAGCUACGGCAAAGUACGCCCAUAUGCUGGAGGUCACACAGGGCCUAGCCGGUCACAUGGAAGAGCUCAAGGUCCAGUAUGCCCACCUCCAGCCGUAUCUCGAUCAGAUCGAUACCAUCGCCGCAACAGUGGCCCAGCUUGAGGUCUCGGUCGCCGCCCUAGAUGACUAUUCCAAGCGCCUUGCUGCCAAGUUUGCCGAGCGUGAGGCUCGCCUGCGCAAGCUCGCCAAGCAGAUGUAA